GCGGCGUCCAAGCAUUAAAGAAUAAACGUGCGAUAGUGGACGAUUUUUCGGCCGUGUUUACGCUAUUAUUUUUUGAGUAUUUUUGAAAAUACAAGAACUAUGUCUGACUACUACGUUGACGAAUACGAACACUUCAACUACGAUUACGACAAGCAUAUUUUCACGGGUCACAGCGGCAAACAACGAAGCAAACGAGAAGCUCUUGCACACACAAAUCAUUUCGAUCCGUGCGGCCAUUCCAGAAAGAUCCUGACUAAACUGAUGAAUUCCGAGCACAACAAACGAAAUACUGGAAAAGUCAAAGCAUAGACGAAGCUCGGAGUUGCUGUCCUACUUUUGGAGAAAGAAUUUGUCAAUUCUGACAGAUCAAAACUUCUUAAACACCCUUCUUGAAUAUAA